GAAUAGAGCAAGCCCGGAGUGCAGAGCGGAGAUAGAGCGGCCAUGCUGACUGUCUCCACACCGAGACCUGCGGCUGCACCGAGCGGCCGUCCCUCGGAGGACCCCCCGGUCCUCUCUCUCACACAUUUCUCCCGGCCGCCCUUUGUCAGUUUCGGCUGUGUCCGGACCGGCACGGCUCGCAGCUCCCGGCUCCUGCUGCAGAACCCCAACCCGGAGCCAGUCCGGGUCACCGUGCACAGACUGCCCGAACAGCGCGGCUUCACCGUGUCCCACACCGACAUCCUCAUAGCGGCUUCUGAAACGAUUCCAUUGACCGUAACAUGGACUCCAUUAGAGGAAGGGGCCAUUCGCGAGCUUAUUACUUUUGUUGUAAAUGAUGUAGUAAAGCAUCAGGCUGUUCUGUUGGGACGAUCCGAGGCACCCACCAAGAAAAAAAAUGUGCAUGGAAAACUAAGGAACACCAUGAAAAAAAGAGAGGUGCUUUUGGGAUCAAAAGUUCCUGUAACAAAGAGGACAGAACUUGCUGUCAAAGGCAUCAGCAAAACUGAUCAUAAAAGCCAGGAAAGGAAGUAUGGAAAAAUCGUGAGGGUGCGGAGUCCUUUACUCUCCUGUGAAAACUAUACUCGUACAGUAAAAAUUGCUUCUCCACAAUGUGUGCAACCUGAUGUUGAAAACAGAACACCCGUUUUCCAUCCAAGUCUACUUGCUGAAGAUAAGCAUGUUUUCACUGACAGUUCCUUAAGAAGAUCAAAAACCUAUUCUGUCUUGUGCCUAACAGAGUGCAGUGAUACUUUAGAGGAGACGACAACUAUGUCUAGGACGCUGAGACAACUUCAUAUUGAUGAGGAUUGGACUUUUAAUGACCAAAAACCAAGAAAAAGUUCUAUGUCGCCGAUAAAUCCAGCAAUAAACCGACCACUCAAUGUUACAUGCACUCCUGUUGCAACUAUGUUGUCUCCUACAUAUCCUGGGCUCUCUCCCACUGAAUUUUAUAAUCCCAAGACUAUUCAGACUGAUGCAUCAGCACAUAUUGAUCUUCAUGUAGAAGAUACAAGUUCUUAUAAGGAGUCCACUCAAGAUGGUGUCAGUAUUACCAGCUCUCGAACAAAUUCACCAUCCGCUGUGAUUCUGACUUCUCAAAGAACCAUUUCCAGCCCAGAUUCUUUAGCGAGCAAUGGUUAUUUUCGUAAUGAAGUCCAGCACACACCAUAUCUUUCACCAGAUCAGUUUGUUAAAGAGAAUUGUAUUACUUUGCAGUCUGUAUCACCGUUUGAAUUGUCAUUGCAUUCCUUAACUCCUUCCAAAGACUCAAUGUCCUCUUUCACAGAGGAAGAAGCUAAGACAUGGCAGUUGGUUAGUGAACAUGUGGACUUCAAAUCUUCCUGUAAUGUUGAUUCAGCAACUUCCAGGUUGACUUAUUGCGUUAAAAAGAAGCGAAGUGAGCUAAAGCCAGUGGAAGAAACCUGUCACAAUGAACCUAAAAAGCCCCCAAUUGACUGUGCAACUGUUAUCAAAACAAAAGCCAGUGAUUGCAAUGACAACUCCAAUAAGCCCAUACGGAAGUCCCGCAGGAGACUUGAGGACAUAGAAUUGGAAACUGAUAAAAAGUUAAAUUCUCGUGUUUGCCAAAGCUUGCCUAUUAUAUCCACCAAUCAAAAUGAGUCUGGAGAAGCUUAUAAUGUAACUGCGCCCACAUCUAUUGUUCUUGGCCAAAAAAGAAAAAGUGAUGACUUUACCACAACUAUUAAUGAAGCUAAGAAACAAUUUACGGAGGUGUUACCACAUGCCAAGAAGAUUAACCUCUCUAAACCUACCGUCGCACACGUAGGCAUCAAAGAGAAGCCAAGCCAACACAAAAGAGCAGGUAAGACUUCUAAAUUUUCCUUUUUUUUUUUCUUUCUUAAACUAGUAAAAAAGUCUCCUGGAAAACGUGGAGCUUUGAAAGCAAAAUCUACCGUGAUAAAAACGAGUAGGAAAGAUGUAGUGCUACCACCUCCACUGCAGUCAGAUGGAAAACUAAAGAAUAUCAAGCAUGUUGUAGCUGUUGCUCAGUCACGACUAAACUUCAUGAAGCCAUCAAAAACAGUUAUUCCACGACACCCAAUGCCUUUUGCUGCCAAAAACAUGUUUUAUGAUGAACGUUGGAUGGCAAAGCAAGAACGAGGUUUUACUUGGUGGCUAAACUUCACACUGACCCCUGAUGACUUUGCCGUUAAACGAGAUACUACAAAAGUUAAUGCAGCAGCCCUGAUCUUAGAAGAAAGUUCCCAUAAGAUAAGUGUACCAAAAGCCCCUACCAAGGAUGAGGUUUCUCUCAAGGCCUAUACAGCGCGAUGCAGGUUAAAUAGACUUAGGAGGUCGGCGUGCCGUCUCUUUACAUCUGAGCCUGUGGUGAAAGCAAUAAGAAGACUAGAGGUGGAGAUUGAGGCUCGGAGACUGCUUGUGAGAAAAGACCGACAUUUAUGGAAGGAUAUUGGUGAACGUCAAAAAAUUUUGAAUUGGCUUCUGUCCUAUAAUCCAUUGUGGCUUCGUGUAGGAUUGGAGACUGUUUUCGGAGAAUUAAUAUCUCUGGAAAGUAACAGUGACAUCACAGGUCUCGCUCUGUUCAUCUUGAACCGUUUGCUAUGGAAUCCAGAUAUAGCAGCAGAAUAUAGACAUCCGUCAGUACCAAACUUAUACCGUGAUGGUCAUGAAGAAGCCCUCUCCAAAUUUACUUUGAAGAAAUUGUUGCUCCUCGUUUUCUUCCUUGAUCAUGCUAAACAGUCCAGGCUUAUUGAUCAUGAUCCUUGCUUGUUUUGGAAAGACGCAGAAUUUAAGACAAGUAAAGAUCUGUUGCUGGCAUUCUCACGAGAUUUCCUCAGUGGAGAAGGGGAUCUCUCACGUCACCUCUAUUAUUUGGGUUUGCCAGUCAGCCAUUCUCAGACUCCCCUUGAUGAGUUUGACUUUGCCGUGACAAACCUGGCUAUGGAUCUGCAUUGUGGUGUUCGCCUUGUAAGGAUGAUGGAACUGCUCACCCAGAACUGGGAUUUGUCUAAAAAGUUGCGAGUUCCGGCCAUUAGUCGUCUUCAGAAGAUGCAUAAUGUUGAAGUGGCCUUACAAGUCUUGAUGGAGCGAGGAGUCCAAAUUAAAGAUGAAAAAGGAGUCUCAAUUACCUCCAAAGACAUUGUAGACAGACACCGUGAGCGCACAUUAGCACUGCUUUGGAGGAUAGUGUUUACAUUUCAGGUGGAUGUACUGCUGAGCAUUGAGCAAAUAAAGGAGGAAAUACGAUUUUUGAAAGAAAGAUACAAUGUUCAGAAGAAGCUCGCUGCUCUGAGGACUUUCACAAGCACUGAAACGGCAAAGAAAAGGGACAGUGACACUUUUGCCCCUGAGAAUUACAAUGAACGAAUGUUGCUUCUCAUGGAGUGGGUUAAUGCAGUGUGUGCCUUUUACAGCAGUAAAGUUGAAAACUUUACAGUCUGCUUUUCAGACGGGCGCAUUCUCUGUUAUUUGAUUAAUCACUAUCACCCCAGUUACUUGCCACUACAUGAUAUAUGCCAGCGAACCACUCAGACUAUUGAAUGUACAGAAACUGGAACUGUGGUGCUGAAUUGCUCCUCUGACUCUGACAGUUCAUUGGAUCUUUGGCCUGGGAUGGGUGAACAAGGCUUUACCACUUCAGCUGUCUAUAAGGAACUGCUGGAGAAUGAGAGGAAGAAUUAUAGCUUAAUACAUACAGCUGUGUCCAAUCUUGGAGGGAUUCCAACCAUGAUCCAUCAUUCAGAUAUGUCCAAUACAAUCCCAGAUGAGAAGGUUGUGAUCAUUUACCUAUCAUUUCUGUGUGUGCGGCUUUUGGAUUUGUGCAAGGAAGCAAGAGCAGCAAGAGUGAUUCAGGCAGCAUGGAGGAAGUACAGACUGAAAGCAGAGGAGCAACUUCAGCAGAGGAAGCACAAAGCAGCCUGCAUUAUCAAAGCUGCAAUAGUUCGAUAUAUCAAGAGAUGCCAAUUAAAGAAGAAUCUUGCCGCAGUUGUCUUUCAAAAGUGUUGGAGAAGACAUCUAGCACGGAAGCAACUUGAAAGGUUAAAAGAACACCUGCGGAUGGAAUCUCAAGCAGUCAUCAUCCAGAGGUUUUGGAGAGGUUACUUGGCAAGAAAGCGUUACAUUAAAGCCAGGCAUUACAUUAUCCUCCUACAAGCAAAAGUACGGACGAGAAUUGCUGUUGCUUCCUACAACAGGGUGUUAGUGGCCACUGUUAUUAUCCAACGCCAUCUACGUUCUUGGCUAUUGACAAAAAGGAACCAUGAAAAAUAUAUCCAGCUAAAAUCUGCCACUGUGGUCAUCCAGUCUGCUUUCCGAAGAUGGAAAAGGAAACAUUUAAGAAGAGUAACAGAAGCAGCCUUAGUGCUUCAAAAUGCAUACAGAAGGUGGAGAGCACGAAAACAAAGAGCACUAAAUACUGCUGCUGUUACUAUUCAAUCAAUGUAUCGCAUGCACAGGGAAAGGCAAAACUAUCUACAACUCGGAUACAAAGUAAUAAAGAUUCAGUCUUGGUUCAGGGGUAUGAUGCAAAGAAAAGCAUUUUUAAACAAACAGAAAUCCGUCCUAAUGCUACAGAUCUACUACCGGGCAUACAGGCAAGGAAAGGCAGAGAGACAGCUCUUCCUGGUUAGACGAUCAGCGGCGAUUUCUAUUCAGAGAUGGUUCCGCAGCAGAAGACAAGCAAGAAGUGAUAAAGAGAUGUUCUUAAGGACCAAAAGAGCUGUUGUUUGUCUUCAAGCUGGCUACCGUGGUUGGACUGUAAGAAAGCGAAUCCGAAAGCAUCAUUUGGCUGCGAUAUGUAUUCAGUCUGAAUUUAGACGAUUUGUCUGUCAGAAAAAACUAAGAGCUAAGAAGAAUGCUGCAGUUAAAAUACAGCAGUAUUACCAUGCAUUGCUUGCCGGCAGGAAGGAGAGGCAGCAUUACCUCAAACUCUGUUUGACUGUUCGAAAAGUUCAAGCUCUGUGGAGGAGCAGAGUUAUGCAAGUGAAUGAGAGACGAUGCAAAGCAGCAACCUUGAUUCAGUCCUAUUACAGAAUGCAUGCCUGUCGGGCCAUGUAUAGUACUAAGAAACAAGCCUGCACACUGAUUCAGCAGCAGUACAGAGCAUAUAUAGUAGGAACAUCUCAACGCUCAUUGUACCUGUCAAUAAAAGCCGCUGCAGUUGUUCUUCAGGCUGCUUAUAGAGGAUGGAAUACAAGAAGGCAAGUUCUGAAUCUCCAUAAAUCUGCUUCAAUUAUCCAGGCUUCCUAUCGAUCUUAUAAGUUCCGAAAGGAGUAUGUUGGCAUGAGGGCUGCAGCUCUCUCCAUUCAGAGAUAUUACCGUGCCACUAUUUGUGCCAGGUUGCAGCAGGCAGAGUAUAUGCGUUUGCGAACAGCCACUAUUAAAUUGCAGUCUAGUUACCGAGGUAUAAAAGUCAGGCGAAAAAUCAUCCAGAUGAACAGAUCUGCAGUUAUAAUCCAAUCUUGGUUUAGAAUGCAUCAAACAUGUGUCAGGUAUCAGAAGAUAAAGAUGGCAGCUGUACACAUUCAAGUGUGGUAUAGAGCUGUACAAAAGAGAAAGGAGGUACAGAAACAUUAUCUGUGGCUGAAGAAAGCAACCUGUGUUAUGCAGGCUGCGUGGAGAGGUAGAAAAGUCAGGGAGCAAAUGAAACACAUGCACAAAGCUGCAACCGUUAUUCAGUCAUGGUGUAGGAUGUACAAAGAACACAGUUACUAUCAAAAACUGAAAGUGGCAACUGUUGCAAUGCAGCGGCGCUACCGUUCGUCUAUAGAAAGGAAUAACCAAGUGGAUCAGUACAAGCGCAUCAGGAACUCCGUACUCCGCAUCCAAGCAGCCUUCCGAGGAAUGAAAGCCAGACAGGAACACAAGAAUAAACACAAGGCAGCUACCGUAAUUCAAAGCAGUUUUAAAGCCUAUUUGGAAAAACGAAGAUUCCUUGCUCUUCGAAGAGCCGCUAUAAUAAUUCAGCAAAGAUAUAGAAUGAAGGUGAAUGCAAACAAACAGAGACUGAUGUAUAUCCAACUUCGGAAAGCUGCUGUUGUUGUUCAGGCUGUGUAUAGGGGCUGUAAUGUGAGAAGAAAGAUUAGACAGAUGCAUGCAUCUGCUGUAGUCAUCCAAGCUGCGUUUCGCAUGCACAAGACCAAAGCUGCGUAUCAUGCAAUGAAACAUGCAUCCAUUAUUAUACAGAGAUGGUAUAGGACAUGCAGGCUGGCUGUCUAUGAAAGAAAGCGUUUUUUGAUGCAGCGUCAGUCAGUCGUGCUUAUUCAAGCAGCAUACAGAGGGGCAAUAGAGAGGCAGAGGCUGCGUAGAAUGAACAAAGCAGCUUCCAAAAUUCAGGCCUAUGUCAGGAUGCUUCUGUGUAGAGAUCGGUACCAAGAACUUCAGUGGGCAGUAUGUGUAAUUCAACAGAGGUAUAGGGCAAACAAGAUGCGAGACUUUGAAGUAAUGCGUUACACUUUCAUAAAGGAAUCUGCGCUAUGCAUACAGGCUGCUUAUCGAUCUUGGAAGGCAAGAAAGCAAGAGAAAAAAAUGAAUGCAGCAGCCAUUGUAAUCCAGAGACUUCUGAAAACAUACGUAGAACACAAACGAUUUAUCUCUGUAAAAGCAGCUGCAGUUGUUCUACAGAGAUGGUACAGAGCUGCUGUGUUGGCUCGGGAACAUCGGAAAAACUUCAAAACUAUGCUCAGGGCCACUGUCUGCAUCCAAGCUUUCUACCGAGGAUUUAAAGUAAGAAAGGAACUCUUAUUAAAUCAAAGAAUGGCCACUAAAAUACAGUCUACAUUCCGCAUGUACAGAUCACGCAAGUUGUAUCAAGAAACGCAGUGCGCGGCCACUGUUGUUCAGACAUGGUACAGAUCUGUUGUAUUAUGUAGACAAACACGGGCAUCCUAUCUGGAACUUCGUUGGUCAACAAUACGUUUACAAGCGGCUUAUAGAGGAUUGCGAAUCCGCAAUAAUAUAAAAACCAUGCACAGGGCAGCAACUAUAAUUCAGUCCUACUACCGAAUGCAAAUUCAAUGCAAUUACUACAAGCGUGUGUUAGAAGCCACGAGAAUGAUACAAAAACGAUUUAGAGAGACAAAAAUUAGAAAUUCACAACUGCAACUGUACCAGAACACCAAAAAAGCAACAAUUUUGUUGCAAGCUGCUUUCCGUGGCAUGAAAGCAAGAAAGAGGAUUCAAAAUAUGCAUCGGUCAUCUAUAAUCAUCCAGAGAUGCUUUAGAGCUUACAUACAGAAAAAGUCCUAUAUGGAGGUUAAGUGUGCUGUAGUUUGCAUUCAAAGAAAGUACAAAUCCAUCCUCCUCGGCAGAUCUGUGCGUCGGGAAUUCCUUGCUUAUCAUAAGGCUACGGUGUGUAUUCAGGCUGCGUACAGGGGAUUUAAAGAGCGUAAGGAACUUAAGCAGCAGCAUAAAGCAGCAACUAAAAUCCAGUCUGUGUUUAGGAUGCAUAUAUUGUAUGUCAAAUAUCAAGCCAUUAAAUUAGCUGCCAUUUCCAUACAAAGCUAUUACAGACUUUCUGUUACUGCCAGGCAUGAGCGAGAUCAAUACGUGCAACUUCGUAAGGCAGCCAUUGUUAUACAAGCAGCAUACAGAGCCACCAGAACCCGGAAGAACUUAAAACAUAUGUUUAAUGCAGCUGCCAAAAUCCAGGCUUCUUAUCGAAUGCAUGUUCACAGAAGAUGCUUCUUAGAAUUACGGAGGGCUGCUAGAACCAUUCAGCAACGGUUCAGAGCAAAUCGUGAAAGGUAUGAUGCAAUGCGAAAAUACAGAGCAGUUAGAAAUAUUGUUCAGCGCAUCCAGUCAGCCUUCCGUGCAAGAAAGCAAGCAAAAGAGACUAGACUGACCACUGCAGCCACCAUGAUCCAGUCAAAAUGGAAGAUGUACAGGGCUAGAAGAGAAUUUGUAAAGACGAAGGCUGCCGUCAUCACAAUACAAGCAGCCUUUAGGGGCUAUAAGGCUAGAACAAUACAGAAAGAAAGGCAAAGAGCUGCUUGUUACAUACAGAGGUGGUACAGAACCAACCAUGUGGCUCGUUUACAAAGAGCUAAAUACACGUCCAUGAGGCAAGCUGCCCUUGCAAUUCAGUCAGCUUUCAGAAGAAUAGUUGCGAGACAGCUUGCACAAAGAGAAAGUGCCGCAAGAAAAUUGCAGUCUGUCUUUCGCAUGGUUGUAUGUCGGAAAAGAUUUCUAAAACUCAGAGAAGCAGCGAUCAUGUUGCAGUCCUAUUACCGGAUGUACAGAACUUGGCGUAUGUAUAGGAUGAAGAGGGAUGCAGCCUUGCUCAUACAGCGAUGGUAUAGAUCAUGUGGUAGAAUGAAACACCAGAGAGAAACCUACCUGGAGUUGCGAAGGAGUGUUGUCUGUUUGCAAGCUGCUGUCAGAGGCUACCGAGAGAGGCAGAAAUUUACAAAAAUAGUGACUAGUGCAGUAAUAAUUCAGGUUUUUUGGCGUGGUUUUAUGAACCGAAGACUAUUCUUACAGUAUAAAACUUCGGCACUGAUUAUACAACAGAGAUACCGUGCUAUGUGCCUUCAGAGAGCACAACGUGAUAAUUACCUUAAACUAAGAGCAGCAGCCAUUAAACUACAGGCCAUAUACAGGGGUUCUCAAGCUAGAAAACUGGUACGAAGAGAGUGUGCAGCUUGUGUUAUUCAGAGAUUCUACAAAUGCUACUUGGUUCGGAGAGAUUAUAUCGCAAUGGUCACAACAGUAAGGACUAUUCAGAGCUAUAUCCGAAUGAAACAAGAGCGAGUCAGGUUUCUGAAAAUUCAAAGAGCCACUGUUUGCAUCCAGAGGAGAUGGAGGGAGACUAUUGCUGCUAAAACGGUUCGUCAGAUGUUCCUCAGAAAACGAGCAGUAGCUCUGAGACUUCAGUCUGCAUUCAGAGGACACAUUGUUAGGAGGGACAUGCUAGAGAGACAGAAUGCAGCUUGCAUUAUACAAGCUUCCUACAAAGGCUUUCUGGACCGCAGGAACUUCAUCAGAUUAAAGGCAGCGACCGUAACUUUGCAGACUUAUUUCAGAGCUGUUCUAAAUGGGAGGCACGAUCGACUUCAUUUCAAACAAGCAAAAAAUUAUGUUGUAAGAUUGCAAGCCUUCACACGAGGAUGGCUUGUCAGAAAAGAGAUUACACGUCUAAAGAGAGAAGCUAAUCUCCUGAUGUUCAGCACGGUAGCUCGCCACCACCUCUGCGCUAUGAAAAUUCAGAGGCGUUUCCGCAUCUAUCUUGCUCUGAAGAGGGCACAAAAACAAAUUAGUCAUGUGAUUUGCAUUCAGAGGUGGUUCCGCAGCAAACUGCAGCGCAGGAACUUCCUCAUCACCCGUGGUAAGGUAGUCCUUUUGCAACAUGCAGUGCGCACUUGGUUACACCGCAGGAAUGAGGCAGCACGUAAAAUCCAGAGAUGUGUGCAGGAUUUCUUACUCCACCGGAAACAGGCCAAAGUGAAGAACGGAAUAGUCAAAUUUCAGGCUCUUUGGAGGGGCUAUACCUGGAGGAAGAUUAAUGACACAAAAGCAUUAUGUGCCUUAAGGAAGCGCCUACAAAAUGUUAAUCAGGAGAUCAAAGAAGAGAAUAAACUGUACCACAGGACAUCUGUAGCAGUAGGGUACCUCCUGUCAUAUAAACACCUCUCCUAUAUCCUUGCUGCCCUCCAGCACCUUGAGGUUGCUACAAGAUUGUCUGCACUCUGCUGUGAGAACAUGGCGAAAAGCGGUGCAGUGAGGAUUAUUUUCACACUGAUUCGCAGUUGUAACCGGAGCAUUCCCUGUAUGGAGGUUAUCAAACUAGCCGUCCAGGUACUGCUCAACCUUUCCAAGUACGAAGGCACAGUCCAGGUGGUGUAUGAGGUGGAGAAAUCUGUGGAAGUUCUGCUGGAUUUGAUGCAGAUAUAUAGGGAGAAAGCCGGAGACAAAGUAUCAGACAAAGGUGGGAGCAUCUUCACAAAGACCUGCUGUCUCCUUGCCAUUUUUGCACAAAACUCUCAAAGAGCUCAGGAAAUCUGUUCCCUCCCCAAAGCUUUGGACCGUAUUCGUAGCAUAUACAAGCUGACAUGCCGCAAACACAUGAUGGACACAGAACGCAAUCUCGGCAAGCGGCGUAUGAGCACUUUGGCUUACAGCUGUAAUAUGCCCAUUCUGGCUACCCCAGUCAGAACAAAGGUUGUCUCACGAAUUAGGCCUGACUGGGUGUUGAGAAAAGAUAACAUGCGAGAAAUUGUGGAUCCUUUGAAAGCAAUCAGGAUGGUAAUGGACACGCUCAGUGUACCGAAGUAAAGGGAGUCCACACAUAUUAGCAAAUUUUAUGUACCUGAUCUACUAAUACAAAGAACAGUGUUUUAUAAAUAUUCAUGAAGUAAAUAGCUUUUUGUACAGCACAUUUUUCUUUGCUAUAAUUGUACAAUAAAGUAAAUGUGAAUGUUUUGUAA